GAGAUCUGCAGCACCAUGCACACGACUUUCAGCAUCACAUUUCUGUUUCUCCUGCAGAUGUCUGUAGUGAGCUCUGAUGCACCGGUGAACUGUGUCUGGGGUCCGUGGUCCUCCUGGUCCCCCUGCAACGCCUGCACAAAAACACAGACUCAAUUCCGCUCUGUAGCCGUGUACCCACAGUUUCAAGGUUAUUUGUGUUCUGGGGACUCAAAAAGAACACAAGCAUGUCAGACUACUCAGGGCUGCCCCCUAGAGGAGGGAUGUGGGAACCGCUUCCGCUGUCAAUCUGGAAAGUGUGUGAGUCAGAUUUUGGUGUGCAAUGGUGAUCAUGACUGUGAGGACGGAUCAGACGAGUGGAAGUGUGACAGUCAGUAUGUGUGUGAAUUCCAAAGACCACCACCAAAGAUAGAAGCUACUGGAAAUGGGUAUGACAUGGCGAAGAAGGAGUUUAGAGCCAGUGUAAUAAACACUCAAUUAUUCGGAGGUCAAUGCAGAAAAAUAUUCAGUGGAGAUCAUCAGAACUUCUACAGACUUCCACAGAGUGUCGUGGGUUACUCCUUUGAGGUUUCAGCGAGUAAUGACCUGUCAAGUGAGUUCUAUGAGAGCUCCUGGCAUUACAUGAAGAAUAUCGAUACAAAAGAGGAGACCACCGGAACCACGUACGGACACUAUCGCUACACCCACAACGAGGAUCUGAAGAAGAUACAGUCGAAGCAGUUGGUGGAGAUCAGCAGUACUGUAGAAGUGGCUCGUGUCCAGAAUCAGGUACCGCAGUACCUCCCUAUCUCUGAGGUAUUCUGGUCGUCUCUGUACUCACUUCCUGUAGUGUACGACUACGCUGCCUACCGCCAAGUGCUGGAGAAAUUUGGGACACACUACGUUUCUGAGGGAACUUUAGGAGGACAAUUCACAGCUAUGCUCUACUUUAGCAGAGACUACAUCGAGAGUAAAAAGAGAACAGCUUGGGAUUUUAAGAAGUGUGUUACGGAGACACACACACUCUUUUUCUUCAUUCGUUGGACUACAACACGGUGCAAGACAGAUUUUGAUGAUAUAAUAAAAACCAGCAAGACUGAUGAUGUAUUAAACCUGAAGAGGGGUGAUGUGUUUGGAGGAGACACGGCGUACAGCCCCACACUCACCAUCCUGGACGGUAAUAAAGCAGCAGAAAACUGGAAUGCAUUUUCCAAGUGGGCCGGCUCUGUGAAGAAUCUCCCAGUUCUCCUCAACUUCAAGACACGGCCGUUGUAUGAGUUGGUGAAGGAGGUGUCAUGUUCUGAGGUGAAGAAAAUCUACCUGAAGCGAGCGACAGAAGCGUAUCUGAGGGAAACAGACACAUGUCACUGCAGUCCCUGCAGAAAUAAUGCUCUCUCUGUACUCAAAAACGGAGUGUGUGUGUGUGUGUGUAAACUGGGAACAGAGGGACCUGCAUGUGAGAGUGGAACACCAGUAAAUGAACAACCAGGUGUGAUUGAUGGAAGUUGGUCCUGCUGGUCAGAGUGGAGUUCCUGUUCUGGAGGUCGACACAGAAGAACUCGUUCCUGCUCACGUCCUGUACCUCAGAACGGAAAGAACUGCAUCGGGAAUGCAGAAGAAACUCAGAAUUGUGAUGACGAGCAGCAGCUGCAGUAUCUACGGAAGUUUCAGCCGCAUUGCUUUGACCCAAGUCUGGAACCCACCAAGAGCUGCAGGAGUCCUCCUUCUCUGUUCAACGGCUUCAUCCUGGACCCCAAAGACUUUUACAGCAUUGGCAGUAAAAUCGAAUAUUCUUGUAUUGAUGGUCAUCAUCUGGUGGGAAAUCCCAUCGCUGAGUGUACAGAGAAGGAAACCUGGAGGAAAUCCUCAAUGGAGUGCAAACGGACAUCAUGUGUUCCUCCUGUCCUGCCCAUGGGGGUUUUUCCCAAUCAGUGGAGUUUCACUUAUAAGAUCGGAGCCUCGGUCCUGCUGCAGUGUGCAGAUGGAAGAAAGAGAAUCGGUGUAGAGGAGAUUCGGUGUAACUCGGGUCUGUCCUGGUCACCUGACCCCAUAAACACGAAAUGUGUCACAGAAGAGACCACACCAACUCAGGUUCACUGUCAGCCGUGGGAGAAACAAGCCCAGGACAAAUGUGUCUGUAAAAAUCCCUAUCAGUGCGAGCCAUCUCUGGAGGUGUGUGUGAACAGUACACAGAGAAUUUGGCACGGCAUAAAGAGUGUGUGUAAAGUUCGAGCUCAGCAGUGUUUGGGUCAACACCAUAUAGUAGCUGAUCACAGCGCCUGCCAGUGGCCCGAGUCCGUUACUGCAGCAUGUCCUCAGUGCUCACUCUGGACCACGUGUGAUGAUGAAACAAAGACAUGUCACUGUAAAUCCUUGGACGAGUGUAUCCCUUCAUCUCGCUGGAUCAACAUCUGCGUACGUUUAACUAAGGACUCUGAGAUAUCCACAGUAACGGAGUGUGAGGUCGGAGUGCGUCGUUGCCGAGGGGAAACUCCUCAAAUCCUGAAACUGCAGGCGUGUGAGGAGUAACAUCUGGAACAUUCCUUUACAUAAACUUCACCUCCUUCUCCUAAAGAACAUCAUCACUAUAACCCUGAAAAUGUAUAUAACCUUCACCUCCUUCUCCUAAAGAACAUCAUCACUAUAACCCUGAACAUGUAUAUAACCUUCACUUUUUAACAGCAAAGAUACUGAUCAUCUGAGUGACUGCAGCCAAGUGAUGCUGCCGCAAACUCCACAUACGUUCACUGGAUUCAUAUUAUCAGGAUAUAUAUAUAUAUAUAUAUAUAUAUGUGUGUGUGUGUGUG